AUGUCUGCGGCAGAAAGAGGAAAGCUGAUGGGUUCUUUACUCAAAACCAGUACCACAGGGAACAGGAUGAAAUGGGAGCUGCCCAGUCCAGUUGCCAGUAGCAGCCCUGUUGUUGCAAGGUGGCAGAACUUACCCAGAAGACAAUGCAGAAGGACAGCCGCAUCAAGUGGAGCUCCAGUAGCGACUGUAAUAGAGGAAGAAGGAAGAACUAGAACUGGGACAUUGGCAAGUGCAGCAACUAAGGCUAACAUUGUGACGGCAACAACAAGAGACCGAUUUAGGGCUGGAGUAGAAGUUGUAAUAAUGAUACAGGCAGAAGACAGGACAAUAAUAGCAGCAGAGGGUGGAACUGAGACAGGAGAUGACAGCCAAACUAGAUCUGUAACUGUUGGUGGGACCAUGACAGAACCAGAUAAGGACACUGGGCCUGGGUUUGAGGAAGUCAUGAAGACAGAGACAGAUACAGAGCAAUUAGCCAAACACAUCCUCCCCUGUAGGAAGAAAGCUUUUCAGCAAGCAUGUUUGGGACACUGUGAGUCUCCAGUUUACAAGAACAAUCUAGGUGACACGUUUCUUUCUGGUAAAUGUGAUGGUACAAAAAGGAAACGAUGUAUACCUUUCCUCCCGAUGAAAGUCUUGGAUGCUCCAGGUCUGAAGGAUGAUUACUAUCUUAAUUUGGUUGAUUGGAAUGCUGCAAAUCUGGUAGCCAUUGCUCUAUCUGAUACAGUAUAUCUUUGGCACCCGGAGAAGGGAAUGCAUGAGGCCAUAAGUGUGGAGUCAGGGUACAUCUCAUCAGUCGCCUGGAUUAAAGAUAGAAACAACCUUGCAAUUGGAACCAGUGCUGCUGUUGUGCAGUUGUGGGACAUUGAGACAAAGAAGAAAUUACGCAACAUGCAUAGCCACAGUUCAAUGGUUGGUGCGCUGAGCUGGAACAGCUACAUUCUUAGCAGUGGCUCCCGAUUUGGAUCUAUUCACCACCAUGAUGUAAGAAUUGCACAUCACCAUGUUGGUACUCUCUGUGGUCACAGCUCUCAAGUAUGUAGCCUCAAAUGGUCACCAAAUGGUGCACUACUCGCUAGUGGUGGUAAUGACGGUCUACUGAAUAUCUGGCUUAAUGAUCCAGGAGCCAACAUUAACAGUAAACCAGAUAUGACCAUUAAUAAUCAUCAGUCAGCUGUAAAGGCCAUGAACUGGUGCCCUUGGCAAUCUGGAAUACUUGCUGUAGGAGGAGGAAUGAAAGAUGGACAUUUGCGUAUAUGGGACACAAAGAGUGGGAGCUGUAUCCGAGACGUGGAUACAAAGUCACAAAUUUGUUCAUUACUCUGGCUAUCACAACACAAUGAGUUAAUAACUGGCCAUGGAUUUCCCAAGCACCAGAUCUCCGUGUGGAAUUACCCAACUCUUGUGAAAUCAGCAAAUCUCAAAGGUCACAGAGGGAGAGUUCUGCAUAUGGCAUCCAGUCCUGAUGGCAACGUAGUGUUUUCAGCAGCAGGUGAUGAAACAGUGUGUUUAUGGAACUGUGUCACUGCCAGUGAACAGAAGCAGGAUGUAAAACAGGCUUUCAACGUUGAGGGUUCACAAUACUGA